AUGGAUUCUGAGGACUCUUCGGACUCGGAUGUAAAACGGGAGGUUAGAUCGGCAAAAGAUAAAAGGUUAGAUGCACUUGGUGCUUCUGUAAAAGCCAUCGAAAACGCGCAAAAAAUUAAUGAUUGGGUUGUUAUUCAAAAUGAAUUCGAUAAAUUAAAUAAGAUCGCGAGUAAAGGACCUGCCGGAAUGAACGCGAUCCCACGACUUUAUAUCAAAACUAUUGCGUUGUUAGAGGAUUUCCUGAAUGAAACUUUACAAAAGGAAAAGGAUUCAAAGAAAAAAAUGAACGCAACACAAGCAAAAGCAUUAAACUAUAUGAAACAGCGGAUCAAGAAGAAUAAUCGACAGUAUGAAGAAGAGAUCGAAAAAUGGAGAUUAAAUCCUGCCAGCGAAGAGAGUGAAGAUAGCUCGGCUGAGGAAGUCAAACAAAAAAAGAAAAAAACUAUCGUCGAAUCAGAUGAAGAAUCACAGGACGAAGAUGAUAAUGAAAAUGACAAUGACGAUGGUUUCACCAUAGUCAAUAAGAAAGCGAAACCUUCUGUAGUUUACACCUCAGAAAACUUGUUUAGAAAAUUGAGAGAAGUCUUAGAAGCCAGAGGAAAGAAGAACACAGAUCGGUUGGAGCAAAUAAAAAUUCUUCAAAAACUCUUAGAAGUUGCUUCGACACCUUAUCAAGAGAUUCGUGUCUUACUUGCUUUAAUACCUUCCCAAUUUGAUUAUAAUCCAAGUAUGAGUAAUUACAUGAAUGUUGAUAUGUGGAAAAGCACGCUAAAGGAAAUCAAUCAACUCUUGAUUAUCCUCGAAGAUAAUCCAAAAUAUAUUAUUCAUGAAGCUGCCGAAGAGGAAUUAGAGGAUAAGGAACCAGUAGUUGAAGCUGGUCAGCCACCAUUUACUAUACGAGGUUCAAUUGUCUCUUUUGUCGAUCGUUUAGAUGAUGAAUUCACAAAAUCUUUACAAAAUAUCGAUCCACACACUACCGACUAUGUGGAUAGAUUAAAAGAUGAAACAGAGUUAUAUGCUACGAUUGUAAGAGGUCAAAUAUAUUUCGAAAAGAAUGCUUUGAGCGAAAGCACGAGUAGGAUGGUCAUGAGAAGAUUAGAACAUUUGUAUUAUAAGCCUGAUCAGGUUAUACAGACAGUGGAAAACACUGUUAAAACGAUACUCCCACAAUCUCUUGAAUCUACUAUAACAACAUCUUCAUCGGAAAACGAUUCUACCGAAUUGAUUCAUUCACUUUGUGUCUAUCUUUAUAAAAAGGGUGAAUCUCUUCUGCGUACCCGUGCAAUGCUUUGUCACAUUUAUCAUCAUGCAUUGCACAACCGCUUUUAUGUUGCGCGAGACAUGCUUUUGAUGUCGCAUUUGCAAGAUAAUAUCCAUCAAAGUGAUAUUGGAACUCAAAUUUUACACAAUCGUACCAUGGUACAAGUUGGUCUCUGCGCUUUCCGGGAGGGAAUGGUGAAAGAAGCUCAAAGUUGUUUGCAAGAAAUAUGUGGUACGGGCCGUGUUAAAGAAUUAUUGGCACAAGGAUUAUUGUUGCAAAAAUAUAUGCAACUUCCUCCGGAACAGGAAAAAUUGGAUCGCCAGCGCCAAUUACCAUUCCAUAUGCACAUCAACUUGGAAUUAUUAGAAUGUGCAUAUUUGACUUGUUCAAUGCUUUUGGAAAUUCCUAGUAUGGCUGCUGCUGGGUCUAAUCUCGAAGCUCGCAAAAAAGUAAUCUCUAAGCCAUUUAGGAGAAUGUUGGACUAUAAUGAAAGACAGGUCUUCAGCGGCCCGCCGGAGAACACUAGGGAUCACAUCAUGGGUGCGGCCAAGGCACUUGCCGCUGGUGAAUGGCAAAAAUGUCAAGAACUUAUUAAUGCCAUUAAAAUUUGGGAUCUGAUGCCUGAAACUCAAAAGAUAAAAGACAUGUUAAACCGAAAGAUCCAGGAAGAAGGCCUCCGCACUUACCUCUUCACAUAUUCGACUUAUUACGUCACACUAGGACUUAACCAACUGGCAACAAUGUUUUCUUUGCCUAUCAACACAGUUACUGCUAUCAUUUCAAAAAUGAUUUGGAAUGAGGAGUUGGCCGCAUCAUUAGAUCAGGUUAAUAAUGUAGUCGUGUUACAUCGCGUAGAACUUACAAAAGUUCAACAGUUGACUCUGAUGUUUGCUGAGAAAGCAGUAUCAUUUGUGGAAGCUAAUGAAAGGACUUUAGAACAGAAACAAACGACCGGUCAGAACCAGAGAGAUCAACAAAGACAAAAAGCAAAUCAACAGCAUCAAAACGUCGAGAAACGACCCGCCUAUCAAAAAAGAGAUGGUAAUCAACAAAGGUCUCGAAAUAAUUUCAAUAAUGUUUUAGGGAACAGUGUAAGGGGAAGGACUCAGCAGAAUCGUUAUCGGUCCUAG